CUGCAAAGAUUAAAGAGGUUUAUGACAGACAGAACACUGAAAUGAAAUGCCAGCAACUUGGGCUGCUGAGAUUAUUCAUUUCCUGCCACUAGUUUCCUAAGAGGCUGUGGGCAAGCCCAGAACCUAUGCCUCAGUUUCCCAUCUCUAAAAUGGGGGUAAUGGCUUCCUUUGAAACACUUUGGCAAACACUGAUGAAAAAUAUCACAACAAAAAUAUCAUUAACAAUAAGAAAGAAAGAAAGAAAAAAAAUCUCUUUUUAAUGUUCACAGCCAUACUAGAGCCAAAACAAAAGGAAAAGGGGAACUAGCAAGGAAUUACUUUUCCCAGGUCACAGAGAAACCUUGGAAAGCCCUAGGAAUGUAUCUGAAAGGAAAAGAGUGAAUCUUAUAGCAAGAAGAUUGCUUGUGCAAGAAAGGAUUAAGAUUUCUAUUUUCUCCUACUUCUUAUUUUUAUCCUCGAAAGAAUCAUAAUCAUCAAGAAUAAAAUAUAAGAGUUGCAAAGUCAACAGUGAGGAAUAUUACACCAGGAGCAUCUUAAUGCAAGUCAGUGCCUGAAUCCAAAGCACAGCAAGUGGAGCCCAUUGGGAGCUAAUGAAGAGCUUUGUUCUGGUUGGGGAGCAGCUGUCUGCAUAAACAAGUGGCUAAGCCUCUCCCCAGUUGGGUUAUACAUCCUGCUGCUCACCUCCAGCCAUUAGAGCAACAGUAGUAAAUUCUGUGGGAGGCAUCCCUUUGCCCCUUCAUUCAUCCCACUAAAUGGCUGAUCAACACUGGGGAAGAAACAACCAGAGCAGAAAAAUGGGACCAGGACAAGCCAUGGAGAAUCUGCUAUCAAGCAUGCACUGCUCAAAUCACCACAAAACAGUCUCUAGAAGAUCUGUUCCAAAGGUGAACAAAUGCAUUCAAGUUAACAUGGACUUGGAAGAGGAGAACCCCAAUGCAGACUUGAGCCUUUCUCCAACAACUGGCCUUUCUGGGAAGUCAGAGCAUUGUCCAGGGAACACACCACCUUUGCAGAAAGGUGUUUCCUCUUCCUCCCAAGAGCAUUCUGUCAUGCCAGCUCUGCCACCACAGCCGCCUGCACCUCCACCCCUACCCCCUGGGUGCAAGGUGCCUCUUCCCUCUGUCUCCAUGCCUGGCAUAAACACCCCAUUGCUGCCAUCUCCUCUGCCAUGCAGCAAUCCUGAGUGCACUCAUCCUACCUGUGGGUGUGGGGAGCAGCCCCACACUAAGAAGACACCGAUGCUGAGGAUGAAGGUGCUUCACUGGCAGAAGCUCCCCUCUGAUGUGGUGAGACAAAGCCACUCCAUAUGGGCUGUGAUGCCGAGCAGCAGCAAGGAGCCUGUGGAACCUGACUACACAAGCUUGGAGCUUCUUUUCUCUGUCCCACCAACACCUACAGAGAAAACAGGGCCAAAAAUAAAGAAAACAAAAGAGAUCACAUUCAUAAGUCCAAAGAAAAACCUCCUUCUGAGUAUAUUUCUGAAGCAAUUUAAGUGCUCCAAUGAAGAGAUCACUGCCAUGAUUCAGAAAGGGGAUAGAUCCAAGCUGGAUGCUGAGAUACUGAAACAGCUACUUAAACUGCUGCCUGAAGACCGGGAGAUAAACAGCCUGAAGUCUUACAAAGAAGAAAAAUCACAGCUGGCAAAUGCAGAUCAGUUUUAUCUCCACCUUUUGGAAGUUCCCAGCUACCAGUUGCGGAUUGAAUGUAUGCUGAUUUGUGAGGAAACAAAAAUUCUGCUGGAGUGUCUGUGGCCAAAAAUACAAGCCAUCAGGACAGCCUGUGAAACAAUUCUUACCAGUCACCGACUGCCAGUUUUUUGCCACUUGAUUCUUAAGGUUGGAAACUUUCUGAACUAUGGGCGUCACACUGGAGAUGCUGAAGGUUUUAAAAUUAGUGCCCUGAUCAAACUAACAGAAACAAAAGCAAACCAAAACAACAUUACUCUGCUUCACCAUAUUUUGGAGGAGGUUGAAAAAAACCACACAGAUCUCCUGCAGCUUCCCAGAGAUCUUGACUUUGUUUCCAAGGCAGCAGGAAUCCACAUUGACAUCAUGCAGGCUGAGGCAAGUGCCAAUUUGAAGAAACUGUUGGAAAUAGAGAAAUGUUUAUUGGUGUCGACAGAUGAUUUAAAAAUACAGCAUGGAAAAUCUGUGCAAGUAGGUAAUGACAGCCUCAAUGCUUCAAAGGACCUGCAGAAGGAAUUUGCCACCAUUGAAAAGAAGAAGGAAGAACUUGCUGUUUAUCUUUGUGAAGACCGAAGAAAAUUAUCUUUGGAAGAUGUAUUCAGCACAAUGAAAACCUUCAGGGAGAUCUUCCUCAAGACCUUACAGGAAAAUCAAGAAAGGAGGGAGCAAGCUGCAAAAUCUGAGAAAAGGAAGAAACAGUUUAAAGGAGAAGAUACAAAGAGACUAAAGGGAGAGUAUGGAAAGUAUAAUACAUUUAACAAUUAAUGCUGGUUUUAUUAGCCAAUCUUUUGUUAAUUAGAAGGAAUUUAUCCGUUAAUUCUGGCUGAUCUGGUACAAUGAGAGUGACUUGGCCAUGGAUGAUGUAGUUUUCAAGCAGAUGAAUAGUGAGAUAUCAAUUACCAAUUUUCAAGUGCAAGUGAAUGAUUGGAAGAAAUCACGAUAGGGAUGUUAGGAAAAAAAAAAAACAAACAAAAACACCAAAAAAAAAAAAAAACCCACCACCCCAAUGAGCAAGUUUCUCCUACUUUGCUCAGAGGUGGAGGAUAUCCUACUAUUGUUCUCAAUAGUUGCUGGGAGACUUUUAGGAUUAUAGAAAGCUGCACACACUUGAACUUCAUGCAGCACAGCAGGCAAGUUGUGUCCAGUGUUGUUGUUACAACAACAUUUGUUUUUUCUGAUCAGAGAUCUGAUUUCUUAAAGGAGUUAUGUCUGUGCUUAAAGAAGUGUCUGUGCUGACUGAUGCAGAAAAGCACUUGCUGUGCUGGGUCUCUCUGGGCGUGAAGCAUGUUUGGUGCUAAUAUUGACAUGUGUGUAUUUUAAAUUUUUGUUUUGGCAAAUACUUGGCAUCCACUUUUAGUGAAGAUUUCUGGCAAUAACAUUUGGUUACAAUUCUUGGUUCUUCUGGGAACCACUGCAAAGAAGCUUUUAGUAAAUCUGGGUGGAGUUCAUGUAAAUUUUAUACUAGGUGUUCAACCCUUGGGGAACUGUGUUUUUUCUUGUAUCUGGUGUAUAAAUAGAUGGCCUCCUUUUA